CUCGCCGAGCAUAGAUCCUUGAUCGGCCGUGAUGGCACUUGCAAGUCGCAGCCUGCUGGCUCUGGUCCUGUUGCUUCUCCCGACACCAUCGACGGCUUCUUCGCCAUUCCCGAGCUCCAGACUCUGUCUGCCAACGCUCCCACUCCUGACGGCUACACUUCUGCUUUCACCAGCUUGAACGCUUCCCUCAACGCCAACAAGUACAUGGGCCUCUGGACUCUUACCUCAUACGACAGCAUCGGCUGUGCAUCUCUCUGCGACAAGACCACUGGCUGUGAGGCCUACAACAUCUACAGCGAGCGCGACCCCACCCUCGACCCCAACCACACCAACUGCCCCAACCCUCAAUCCCUCACCAACUACAAGUGCACCCUCUGGGGCGCCGGUGUCUCCUCCUCCCAAGCCAAGAACUUUGGCCAAUGGCGCAACGAGUUCCAGGUCGUCAUCACCGGCUCAAACGCCUACAACAAAGUCCCCGCUCCUGCCACCAUCCCCGGCUACGAUGGCCCUACCCAACUCGGCGGCGCCAUCAACGCUCCUCUGGACGCCAACCGCCACGACACGUACAUGGGUGUCCGCGUGCAGCCCUUUGACAACAGCACCGUCUACGACCCCAGUGUGUGCGCUUCAGCAUGCACUUCGCAGACUGCCUACAACAAAGCCCACCCUGCACGCGACGGCAGCUUCCAAACCUGUCGUUUCUUCAACUCUUGGGUGCAGAGUAAGGAUGGUGUUGCUUAUGAGUUGCACUGUGGGCUUUACAACCAGACUUGGUCGCCUCAGUACGCUACCAACUAUGGACAGUACCAGGGCAACAGCCGCAUCACUGUUUCGAGAUCGUACAGCUACACU